CCAAGCGGAAGAAAUGGCGGAUUCCUCUGAGUCAAACAUGGCUACCAGCCCGGUGCAGAACUCUCGGCGAGGAGAUGCCUUCACGUCCAGCCCAGGGAGAGAUCUACCCCCCUUCGAGGACGAAUCUGAAGGACUCCUGGGGACCGAGGGACUCCCUGAUGAAGAGGACGAAGAUGGAGAGGAGUUGAUUGGAGAAGGGAUGGAAAGGGACUAUCGUCCUAUUCCUGAGCUUGAUGUCUAUGAAGCUGAAGGUUUAGCCUUGAAUGAUGAAGAUCUGGAAGAGCUAACUGCCAGCCAAAGGGAAGCAGCAGAACGUGCAAUGAGACAGAGGGACCGUGAGAUGGGUCGAGGCCUGGGCCGCAUGCGGAGUGGACUGCUUUAUGAGAGUGAUGAUGAAGAUGAGGAUCGUCCUUUGCGGAAGAGGCGCCUGGCUGAACGGGCUGCUGAAGGUGUGGAAGAAGAGGAGGAAGACAUGAUCGAAAGUAUAGAGAACCUGGAAGACAUGAAGGGGCAUUCAGUGAGGGAGUGGGUGUCCAUGGCAGCUCCCCGUCUUGAAAUCUACCAUCGCUUCAAGAACUUCCUAAAGACCCACGUGGAUGAUCACGGUCACAAUGUCUUCAAAGAGCGGAUCAGUGACAUGUGUAAAGAGAACAGAGAGAGCGUGGUGGUGAAUUAUGAAGAUUUGGCUGCCUGGGAACAUGUCCUUGCCUACUUCCUUCCGGAAGCCCCAGCUGAGAUGUUGAAGAUCUUCGAUGAAGCAGCCAAGGAAGUAGUAAUGGCUAUGUAUCCCAAAUAUGACCGGAUUGCUCAGGAAAUCCAUGUCCGCAUCUCACAUUUGCCUCUGGUGGAAGAGUUACGAUCACUUAGGCAACUACAUCUGAACCAGCUUAUCCGCACAAGUGGAGUUGUGACAAGUUGUACAGGAGUCCUUCCCCAGCUCAGCAUGGUCAAGUAUAAUUGUACCAAAUGUGGUUUUGUCUUGGGGCCUUUCUCACAGUCUCAAAACCAAGAAGUAAAACCAGGAUCUUGCCCGGAGUGUCAAUCUAUUGGUCCCUUUGAAAUCAACAUGGAAGAGACAGUCUACCAGAACUAUCAGCGCAUCAAAAUCCAGGAGAGCCCAGGAAAGGUGGCAGCUGGCAGGCUUCCUCGCUCAAAGGACGCCAUUUUAUUGGCUGACCUGGUUGACAGUUGCAAGCCAGGGGAUGAGAUUGAGCUAACUGGAAUAUACCAUAAUAAUUACGAUGGCUCUUUGAAUACUGCUAACGGGUUUCCAGUGUUUGCCACUGUGAUCCUGGCCAAUCACAUCACCAAGAAAGAUAAUAAGGUGGCCGUUGGGGAGCUCACAGAUGAAGACAUGAAAGUUAUUGUAGGACUGUCCAAAGACGAGCAGAUUGGAGAGAAAAUCUUUGCCAGCAUUGGUCCUUCAAUCUAUGGGCAUGAAGAUAUCAAAAGGGGGCUGGCUCUAGCCCUGUUUGGAGGAGAACCCAAAAAUCCAGGAGGAAAACAUAAAGUCCGUGGAGACAUCAAUAUGUUGCUUUGUGGCGAUCCUGGCACAGCCAAGUCUCAGUUCCUCAAAUACGUGGAGAAAGUAGCCAGCAGAGCGAUAUUCACCACCGGCCAGGGGGCUUCUGCAGUUGGCCUGACUGCCUACGUGCAGAGACAUCCUGUAAGCAAGGAAUGGACCUUGGAGGCUGGAGCCCUGGUGCUGGCAGACAGAGGGGUGUGCUUGAUAGAUGAAUUUGACAAGAUGAAUGAUCAGGAUAGGACCAGCAUCCACGAAGCCAUGGAACAGCAGAGCAUCUCCAUCUCAAAGGCUGGCAUUGUCACAUCUCUACAAGCUCGCUGCACUGUUAUUGCUGCUGCCAACCCCAUAGGUGGGCGCUAUGACCCUUCUUUGACCUUCUCAGAAAAUGUUGAUCUGACCGAGCCCAUCAUAUCUCGUUUUGAUAUCCUGUGUGUAGUCAGGGACACUGUGGAUCCUGUUCAGGAUGAGAUGCUGGCUCGAUUUGUUGUCAGUAGCCACAUCAAGCAUCACCCAAACAGCAAGGAUGCAGUAAAUGGAGAGUCUCAAGAGAUUACCCUGCCUAAUACUUACGGCGUAGAGCCCAUUCCACAGGAGGUCCUGAAGAAAUACAUUAUUUAUGCAAAGGAAAAAGUCCAUCCCAAACUCAACCAGAUGGACCAGGACAAAGUGGCCAGGAUGUACAGUGAACUCAGGAAAGAAUCCAUGGCAACUGGAAGUAUCCCCAUUACAGUGCGCCACAUAGAAUCCAUGAUCCGAAUGGCAGAGGCUCACGCUCGCAUGCACCUGCGGGAUUAUGUGGUGGAGGAUGAUGUCAACAUGGCCAUCAGAGUUAUGCUGGAGAGCUUUAUUGACACACAGAAGUUCAGUGUUAUGAGAAGCAUGCGGAAGACGUUUUCCCGGUACCUUACCUUCAGGCGGGAUAACAAUGAGCUCUUGCUGUUCAUUUUGAAACAACUUGUAUCAGAACAGUUGAUGUAUCAGAGGAAUCGCUACGGAGCACAGCAGGACACCACUGAAGUGCCGGAGAAAGACUUAAUUGAUAAGGCCCGUCAAAUCAACAUCCACAAUCUUUCUGCCUUCUUCGAUAGUGAGUUGUUCAAGAUGAACAAGUUCAGCCGUGAUGUCAAGCGGAAAUUGAUUGUACAAACCUUCUGAGGCAACAAGUUCGCAAGUGGUUGGAGACAUCAGAGCUAUGCUUUCUCUUCUGUUGUAGCAGUCUUCAAGGCUCUUCUUUAUAUAUUC